CCUGUCCGUGAGCAAUCUCCAAACUUAUCUCUGUUCUGGAAGUUGUCAAGCAUAUAUGAUUUUUCAAAGAAUGUGAUUGAAACGAUAUUGCUAUAUAAGCAAAUCAAGAAACAAUGGGUCUCUUAACUGUACUUAAAAAAUUGAAGCAGAAGGAGAAGGAAAUGAGGAUUCUUAUGCUAGGGUUAGACAAUGCUGGAAAGACUACGGUAUUGAAGAGAAUUAACGGUGAGCCGAUCGAUACAAUAUCCCCAACGCUUGGUUUCAAUAUCAAAACAUUGGAACAUCGUGGAUAUAAACUGAAUAUUUGGGAUGUUGGAGGACAGAAGUCUCUACGUUCUUAUUGGAGGAAUUACUUCGAAUGUACCGAUGGUUUAAUUUGGGUGGUGGAUAGUGCGGAUAAACGAAGGCUGGAUGAUUGCAAAGUAGAACUUCAUAAAUUAUUAAAAGAAGAGAGACUCGAGGGUGCUAGUCUUCUUGUGCUGGCUAAUAAGCAAGACCUACCCGGAGCCUUGUCGGCUGCUGAUAUUGCUGAGAUAUUAGAUCUGCCUAAUAUAAAAAGUCAUCACUGGCAAAUAUACAAGUGUUCAGCUGUCACAGCUGAAAACUUGGUAGAGGGCAUAAAUUGGAUCGUUGACGACAUUGCGGCAAGGAUUUUUUACUUAGAUUAAGUCGAUUUUAGUUUUGUAACAUGAGUAUUCCUUUCAUAAAAAUAAGAAAGUGUUAAAGAAAAAACGUCGAUUAAUGUACUUUAAUAAUUCACUAGAAUUUGUACGUUGGAAUACUGGCAGUAGUCCAUAUUGGUUA